CCCGGCCGGAGCUCAACGGCCACUGGAAAGGGGGCGGCUCUGCGGGCGAGGGAGGAGCAGCAGCCGCGGCGUGGCCGGAGCUCUCCACCUUCGGCCGUCCCAGGCAGUUCCUGCUCCCUGCCCGGGAGGGGAGUCGCCAUGCUCGGCAACGGAGGCGGCGGAGGGUGCGCCCCUCCUGCGCGGAACGGGGCGCCUUUGCCGCCCGUUCUGGAGAGAGCCUCGUCUCUGGGCAAAAGCUACGAUGUCUGUGGCAAGGUGAUGCUGCUUGGUGAUUCAGGCGUGGGGAAAACCUGCUUCCUCAUCCAGUUCAAAGAUGGGGCCUUCCUCUCUGGGACCUUCAUAGCCACCGUCGGCAUAGACUUUCGGAACAAAGUGGUCACAGUGGACGAUGUGAAAGUGAAACUCCAGAUCUGGGACACUGCAGGCCAGGAGCGGUUCCGGAGCGUGACCCAUGCUUACUACCGAGAUGCUCAGGCUCUUCUCCUCCUCUAUGACAUCACCAACAGAAUGUCCUUUGACAAUAUCCGGGCCUGGCUAACAGAGAUACACGAAUAUGCCCAAACGGAUGUGGUCAUUAUGUUGCUAGGCAAUAAGGCUGAUGUGAGCAGUGAGAGAGUAAUAAGGACAGAAGAUGGGGAAUCGUUAGCCAGGGAAUAUGGAGUGCCUUUCAUGGAGACCAGUGCUAAGACUGGAAUGAACGUGGAACUGGCAUUUCUGGCCAUUGCAAAAGAGCUCAAGCAGCGAGCCGUGCAGCAGCCAGAGGAGCCCAGGUUCCAGAUCCAUGACUACAUCGAGUCACAGAAGAAGAGGACGAGCUGCUGUGCCUUUCUUUGAGGGAACAGACUGCCAAGUCAAUCUAAAUGACCUAGUGCUAAGAAAAGAGAUCGCAAAAGAGACUGGCACAGUCGGACUACAGAGAGGAAGCUGUGUCGGGGAUCCUCUCCAAAGACAAUAUAUUUUUAGAGAAAGUUGCUCAUAGAUUCUAAAUCAGAAGCAGGCCAGACCUAUUCUCAAGAGUGCAUGAGAGAGAGAGAGAGAGAGCAUGCACAUGCAAGCUUUUACUAUGAAAGCCAGAGACACUCUUCAAGAACAGUCACCCAAUGUUUGAAAAUGGAGGUGGUCAGCAUCUGUAACAACACUUCCCAAGCUGGACCUUGGUACAACUGGAGAGAUGAGCCUUAACAAAGCAAAUCCGGUUUCCGUCGGCUUCUAGACUAGCGCUAUCCUGUGCCAUACUCAGAAAACAGGUCCAGUAUGGAGUGGCUAUAUAAUCCACCUUUCCCAAGGACACUGGGCUUGGACUUGGUUGGUUUCAGCGGCAGGUCUACACAGACAGACUCCUUCGGCAAAAACUCAGAAGAAGAUUUUGCAGAAGGUCUACGCAGGCCAAAGGGUUAAUUGGAUAACAUAAC